GCUCAACUCGUCCUAGAGGCCACAGUGCGGCCCACUUUCGUGCAAUUCGACAGGAUAGAGUGGGAGUUAACUUCACGGUGUGGCCAAGAGUGCGAACUCUCAAGUCCCCCUGUGGUUGGUUGGUCGCUGGCUGUUAUCAUUAACAUCGUUACAACAACUUGUCCUACAAAUUGGGAGAAAACUCCACUGUUUCGCAUUCGAUUCUCUCGUGUUUUUACACGAAGUGAGUCCAAUCCAGCCAGGCGAUCUGACUUUUCAGGCUGAAGAUUGGAGUGGGUCCAAGAUCGUGUGCACUCAUUAUUGCCUUGUGCAAGUCUCGAGAGCUUGCCCUCGUCUUGGGACGAAUCCGUACGUUUUCUCCCGCAAUCUGGUACGUCCCGACCUCCCCUCCCAAGACACCUCUCACUGCCAUUUUUGUGGGGUUGGGACUGGAAACGGCGACUUCUUGCACCCCGUGCCUACUCAAGUACAACAGCCGGGCGAGCUUCAAACUCUUCGCGACGAUUUGUGACAGAAAGGGGAAAUAUUGAAACGAUCCCCCCAUUUCUGAACUGAUUCUUCCUCCUUCCUCCUUCCCAGCUCUUUCUUCCUCAAAAAUACCUUGUCCUUCUUCUCCGCUCCUUCAUCCCCCUUUCGGCCAAGCUUGUGUUGUACAAUUCUGUGGGGGCCAAGUCUUGAAGAAACGGCACAUCUGUUCCACUGCUUCAACCCCCUCCUUAUUGGCCUGGUUCGUUUUUGUUCGUACUGAUUGCGUGGAACUUCUUCGUGGACUUGUGAUUAUGAGCAUGUGAGGAAUGUGAUUGUGAGUGACUUUUAGCACUUUGGGAUUCCAGGGCAUCAAUCCGGACAAAAAGCCAAAUGUGAUCGCCACUUCUCCACAGACGAGGGAAUUCAUGCAUCUAGAAUGGCCUCAGGCAAACGAAUAUCGGCGAGGUAUUCCAUUCUGUCAGACCCACGAUUGUCCCAGUUAUUCGAGCUGUCAAACCAAUUGGAAGCGUUAGCCGAUAGCAUUGAAGUCAAACCAGUGACUCCUAUACCAAAUCCCACUUCCAAUAUCAUGGAGUCGACCCAAGUCGUGAAGAGCAAUGGGUCGAAAACUCCGAAUGGGAACCAACCAUUGCUGUCCCCGAAACCAAAUGGAAACUUUGAUAUUCGUUACCAAAGAUUAGUAAGCAGUGUGGACGAGUCAAAUCCAGACUUUGGCGGUCAAGGGAGUGAUUCUGCAACUCCCGAUGAGAAUCCUAUUAGUUUAAACUCUGCCCCUCCUUCAAGAUACUCCAUUAUGUCCGACAUGUCUACGUCGUCCCAAGCUGAGUCAACAACCUUGGGAUCCACACCUUCAGGGCACUCACUUCUCUCUGAUUCGCUCAUUCAAAGUGGAAUUGGCGGUGGACUAGACUCUUGGAUGUCAUAUUCAGCCCCCAAUGAUGUUCAUCUUCCGAUAUCCGACUCUGGUUGGCAAGAACGGUGUGAAGAGUUGGAGUCAUCGCUUCAGAAAUUUCGUGACCAGGCCCAAUCCAUCCGGGAACUUCUUAAAGAGAAGUUAAGUGAAUUGGAACAACGCGUUGUAGAGGCGGAGACCAGAGCCGACGAUGCCGAAGACAAGUGUCCUUCUCGAUUUCAGGUUCGUGUCAUGGAGCAACGCCUCAAUGAGGUUGAUUGGACUCCUAAUGAGGAAUCAGAGCCUGGUGAUAUCAUUCCACCCGUGUUCGUUGAAAAAGAUCGCCUCAUCCGGAACCUGGAAACGGAAGUCGAGCAACAGCGGCAGCUUCGAUUGGCGGACGCGAAACAAGUUGAGGCCAAGGCCGCCCGGAUCAAGGAUUGGGUGACGAAUAAGCUCAGAGAAUUAGAGGAGCAGAACCAACAUCUCAAGGUUCAGAACGCCCAUUGCAAUGAACAAAUGGAAUUGCUUCGUAAACGGCUGGAACAACUCCAAGUCAUGGGGGCUUCGGUUUCCAACCACAAGAGCAGCAGUGUUCGAACCAGUGUAGCUGAGGAUUCGUCAUUGGGAAGCUUGGAGGGCGAAAACGGUGUGUCAGAAGAAUCCAUCUCUGAAAUUGGGGAUCGAUUGGCCCACGUCAAACAAAAGUCCAAAGAUAGCUCGUCCAGGAUUAGAACAACGUCCAAUCAGGGUGGUCCCGCUUCAUCAGCAACUCUCAGAGAGGGUUCCAGGGCCUCCAAGUCCCGAGAUUCUCGUGUGGAUUCCGGCUCGGUUGAUUUGGAAACGCCGCAAAGCGAAGCGAGCUCCAAGAGUCCCUUGGACGCUUUGGGCGAGGCGUUGGGUGGUGACGGAAUGGCUCUCAAUGACUAUCGCCCCAUUCCACCCCCGCGAUCCAAGCUCGUGUCCCAAUUGACUUCGUCUCCUAAUUCUAAUCGAAAGACAAGUCGACCAGAAUCGGAGUGUAUCUUGUCCAGUACUGGGGAGAUGAAUGCGUCGAAUACCUCGGGUCUGCUCGCAUCUCUGGCAUCUCAGAAUGGAUCUAACCUCCCCGAUAAGCAUCGGUCCCUCCAUGUGCCUGCGGUUCCAUUGGAGGGCAAAAAGCUAAGCAAAAAGAAGACCAAACCUUUGGUGAUGUCAGAUGAGCUUCAUGAUUACUCGGAAAUAUACACUCCCAGCAACGAGGAGGACAAGGCAGGAGCUUGGCCUGAUGCGGAAUCCAUGUCCACGGCCGAGAGCUCGGGUGGUCGAACGGGGUCCGGGGAUUCGGGACUAACGGGGCUUUCAGGGGGCACGGGAACAGAUGUGGACCAGGAGCGUCCGCCACCCCGGCCGUUGCAUAGAUAUCCCUCGUGGGAGAAUAGAAUCUAUGAGGUGGCCAAGGAAGGCGUGAGUGGGGAUCAGAUCGACAACACGCGGAACAACAACGAGAACCGAAACAGUGCUCUUCUCUCGGGUGGUUACGGAGACGAGAUCAAUGUUCCCGUCUACGCUUCUCUCAAAGGGCGAGCCUCUCAAAUCCGUUCCGUGCCAUUUACUGGGGACUCGUCGGACUCCUCGGAUGGCGAGGACAAUGUGGACACGGGCCGAGGUACGUCCUCUAGAACCACGACAGCCUCGUCGACGAGCGGGGAUAUCUCGCUAACCUCGCCUCGAAACGCGGUGAUCGGUUCCACCUCUCCUUCGCCUUUCAAAUUCACUUCUACUAACACGCUAACCGUGAUGGGAACGGCCAACUUGACGAGCUUCUCCCCGAUCGUGACUGCCGUGACAUCAAAAUCAUGCUCGGCGGGGAAACUAGAUACUUCCGCCAGUUCAGACAUCUCCAAUGACUAUGCCCUUCCACCCGAUGCUAAUCUCUUGGACCCGGACUUAGGAACAGCUUAUCAUCUGGCCUCGUCGACCAGAUUGUCUUGUAUUGAGAGUCCAAGGAAAUUGGGCGGUGAAAAGACCUUGGAAAAAUCGGGAUAUCUUACGAAGCUGGGUGGGAAAAUCAAGUCGUGGAAGCGCAGAUAUUUUGUGCUGAAAAAUGGAACCCUCUCUUACUGGAAAUCUUUGCAUGAUACUCAUCGCAAGCCUCAGGGUCUGAUUCUGCUUGACGAAUCUUGUCGGGUAUCGAGGACCGAGGGCUCCAACACUUUUGAGAUCGCCACGGCCAAUAAGACUUUCUAUCUGACGGCAGAUUCACAUUCUCUGGUCGAGGAGUGGGUCCGAGUGCUGCAAAAUGUUAUCCAGAGAAAUGCCCUCAAGCUCUUGCUCAGCCGAGACGACCAGAAACCCACACUUCAAGGAUGGCUGGUUAAGGUCAAGCAUGGUCACGCCAAGAAAUGUUGGUGUGUGUUGCUCGGAAAAAUGUUCAUCUACUUUCGAUCCACUCAUGACCAGGCUCCAACCGGUCAAAUCAACAUGAGAGACACUCACGUGGAGGAAGUGGAGCACAUUUCCGAUUCAGAUUCGGACGAGACCGAGGAUGGGUUAGGUGACAAGUCUUCCGAGCUCACCAUUGGGAUCUUCCCCAACCACGUCCAACAGGAUCCCACGUAUCUGAUUUUCGGCAAUAAAUACGAAAAGGAGAAAUGGUUGUACCAACUCACGGUGGUCAGUGGCGGCAAUCCCAAGGCUGGCACGCAAUUUGAGCAGCUCGUUCAGAAACUCAUGGAAGAAGAUGGUGACCCGAAUUCCGCCUUAUGGCGACAUCCCCUCUUGGUUUAUUCUAAAGAUCCCAUCACGUCGCCUUUGACAACCUUCACGUCGGAUACACUUCAGGCGGAGGCCUUGAAGCUUUUCAAGAGCCUCCAGCUUUUUACUUCGGUGGUGAUGGACUCGGCGGGAAUCGAUUACCACGUGAUGCUGGCGGCCAACGCCUUUCAACAAUGCUUGGACGUACCCGAGCUUCAGCCGGAGUUGCUCUGCGCUCUAAUCAAGCAAACGGCCCGAGUUCCGAGUGGUCACGCCUCCUCGGGAGGCUUGACCAAACAAGGCGGUGUCCAGGUAAAGAAGCACUCGAGCAACAUCAAGCACCCUCGCUCCUUCUUGAUGAAUGCCACGCAGUUGUUCACUUGCGACGCGAACUCGGCUCAGAAAUCCUCGUCAACGAUCGGAAGCUCGCCAAGUUCGCCCACAAUCAUGGGUGGCGAUUCCAAAUCAAAUCCAUCGAAUUGUGUGUUCAUUCAAGGCUGGAUGCUCAUGUCGCUGGCUGUGUCCAUAUUCGUGCCCAAGGACUCGAAAAUUCUCUGGUUUCUCCGCACUCAUUUCAAACGGAAUAAGAAUUCCAAAACGGAGUCGGGGAAAUACGCCGCAUAUUGCAAUCGCGCCCUCGAGCGAGCCGUAUAUAAAGGCCAUCGACAAGCUCGACCUUCUCGCAUGGAGGUUCUCUCGAUUUUGCUCAAAAAUCCCCACCAACAUUCUCUGCCUCAUGCUCUGCCCGUGCAUUUCCUCAAUGACACGUACCAAGUGGUCGGAUUUGAUGGCUCGACGACGAUUGCGGAAUUCAUGAGCCAGUUGAAUCAGGAUAUCGGGUGUCGACCGGGCGAGCAGAGUGGGUUUGCCAUCUACUCGGACGAUCCGAUUGAUACUGAUGUGGAUCACGCUUUGCAUUUAGAUGAAAAGGUCUGUGACGUGAUUUCUCGAUGGGAGACGGCUCUUCGCGAGAAAGGCCUGGGCAAAUUCGAGAAUAAGCGAGUGAUCCGGUUCAGCUACCGGAAUCGUAUGUACUGGAGACGCAACGUAUCUGGCGAGGGCGACCGGGAACGCCUUCUCCUGGCCUAUCAAGUCAGCAAACAAAUCGUGAACGGGCAGUUUCCCCUAAACAAGGAUCUGGCCUUUGAACUCACUGCUCUUAUGGCCCAGAUCCAUUUUGGGGACCUGAACAAAGAGAAGACGUCAAAGUUCGCUCCUGAGGCCUUGGAACGGUUCUAUCCGUCUCGUUAUCUGGACGGAAUUCCGGCCAACUCGGAUGAGCGAAAUGCCUUCCAACAAUAUCUCAUGGAGAAAUGGACCUCGCUCAAGGGCAAGACCACCUCCGACUGCGUCAGGAUCUUUCUGACAUGUACAAGGAAAUGGCAAUUCUUCGGGGCCAAACUCUUCCAAGUUCAGGCUGUCACCGAAAACGAGCGAUCCGAUGUUUGGCUGGCGGUUCACGAAGACGGCAUUUCAGUCCUGGAUUACACGUCCAUGCAAUUUCAAGUUCGAUACUCGUACGACUCCAUUGUGACUUUUGGGGGUUGUCAAGACGAUUUCAUGUUGGUCAUUUCGAGCGAAGAUCUUGCAACGGGCAGCGCCUCGAAUGACGGGAUCUCCAACGCAGACAGUGGUACCACGCCCACUGUCAAGCUUCUCUUUCAAACUCGGAAACCUGAGAUUCUGGAAAUCACUCUUCUCAUUGCCGACUACAUGAACAUGAUUGGACGGAACAACCCGGGGGUGCUAACCGCUCCGGCCACACCCAAACUGAGUAGCUUGUCUCGGAACCAGAGCACUCGAAGUAGCAUGAGAAAUCCGGGAUCUACCGUGCCCAACACGCCUCGUUUGGACCACCGGAGUACAGAUUGCUUGAUUCGGGCGAGCACCUUGACCACGACCAGUUCGUCCGGACCUGAGCAUCACUCCACCACCAUCUCCACGUCAACCACGACCACCCCCAAACUCCAGAUGAAAAAACGUCACCAAUUCGACAGUGGCGUGGCUUGAUUGGGUGGUAUCAUCUACCCACGGGAUGAUGGUUGUGAUUGCAGUGAUCAUGGAUUGAUGGGUCCAGAUGAUUCCGAUGCAAAAAAACACUCAUAACCACCCGCCCUCUCCCUUCUUUAAAAAUGCCCAAGGCUGUGAUCUGGUGGCUGUGAAUUGACUCCCCGAAGUGGAAACCUAACUCAAACUCAUUCGAUAGUUUUGAUCCGUGUAGUUCAAUCGAAGCAUCGGCACUUUUAGCUGUUUCCAUCAUCAAAGAAACGACCCGUGGUGAUCCUCCGCUCAUCCUCCUUGUUGUACGUACCUCUUUGCUAUUUCGUCAAGUGCAUUCAUUGUUGAUUUGUCGCUUAGUUAUUAGCGAAACUCAUUACCGAACGGAACCCGAUACGAAAAAAUUCGUUCCGUUUCGAAUUUCAACCAAUUUGUGUACAAUUGAUCAUCUAGUCAUUCGAAAAUGUGUUGUGAACUGAUGUAGCUAGAUGUUCAAAUGAACUUAACCCAGUAGACUCCAAAGCAAAAGAAAACCUACCAAAACACCCUAACAAAUCAAUAGUAAAAAUAAAAAAAAAAGAUCAGCUGUUAACAAUGA